AUGAGAUCGGGUAUCCCCCAGACAUCCUUGAAUAAUUUUAGUCAAAAAAUUGAUAGUAAUUCUAUGGAGGAGGACCAGUUUCAGAAGAGAAAAAUAGUUCAAAGUCCUUGUGUUUCUUCGAGAGGUUUACCUCAAUCUCCUUUGUCCUCGAAAUCUGGGGAACAUUUGAAUGUUUCAAUAGAACCCGAAUUAGUAAUUGUGACUAGCGAACUUGUAUCAUCCCAGAAAGAGAAGUCCACAGUUGCAUCAAUUCCUCGUGUUGGUGGUUCCACAUCAUUGAUUUGCAGUUCUAAAGAUUCUAUGCAGUGUAUGUACCAGGCACAAGCUGCUGCAAAAUGUAGAUCCGUUUCUCUCCCCAAAAUUCCAGCAAUCAGUAUAGUUGGUUCUCCGGCAACUAUUAGCCCAGCAUUCUCAAAGAUCGAAAUGCUGACUAUGAGGUAUCAACUUAACUGCAAGAAGAAUAAGGUGUAUGAGUAUCCCAUCAGGAAACCGUAUACAUGUUCUACACAACAGCUGGGACUUCAUCUCUCAAGUGAUUCAAACAAUGACAAUGUGAAAGAUGAAAUGUGUAAUAUGCCAUUUUCAAAGUCCCUUUUAGGUGGGAACAUGAAUGAAAUGGCUUUCAAUUUGUUUCCCAAGGCACGGACUAGGGCGAUAAUGUCAGAAAGGCCAAACAGUGAUGCUGUGGCAAUGCAUAUAGGAGAAAUAGAGGCUGCUGAAUACUUGGCUUCAGUGGAUUACCUUCCAACAUUACCUAAUUCUUUUGAGUUGAUAUCACGUGGAAGAUCAUGUCCAGCCAAAACCAGUGAGCGUGAUGAUUCUUCGACCUUUCAAUCUAAUGCUCCUGGAAUCCCUCCAACUAGUGCUGCAGCUGGGAUGAAGCAGUAUUCUGAAGGAGUUUCUCGUUAG